AGCUAGGGGCAAGGGGAAGCCUUGGCAUUGGUUGGAUACCCAGGGAGGAGACGUUGGCGCAGGAUGCACUGAGCACUGAUGGGCACUGGGGGCAUAAGAGCUAAAGCGGAUACUGAGAUUGGUACUAGGGGUCUUUGACCCCCCCCCCACUACUACAUCUGGGACCAAAUAUGAACAGCAGAUAACGGGGGCACCUACAGCAUUGCCUCACCCCCGGGCACCAUGGUGUCUGGCACAUCUGGAGCUGCAUUCAUCUUGCUUUGCCAGCUUGUGGCGGCCCAACCUGGAAUUGCCCUCGGGUCCCUCAGGGUAUCUACUCUUGAGUUCCUGAACCCACCAGACAAGGUUGUUGAGGGAUAUGUUCUACAAGUUCGGUACCACUGUGAGGAGAGGCAGCUGGUCCAUAUCGAUAUAAUUGCCUCCUCCCUCACGGCCUCGUCUGUGUCUGUAUUUAGGAGGAGAUGGGUUUGUGGCCCCGGAGAGGAAAAGACUGUAAAGAAGGUCCGCUUGGACUUCCCAGACCAGAUGGUCUACAGAGAAGACUUCUUCCUCAGGAAUUCCAUAUUUGUACACGAUGUGGUUCUGAGAGCUUGGAUCUCGGAUUAUGCCCCCCAUUAUAUCAGAAAAGCUGAUUGGCUCUCUUACAGCAGAGGGCUGGUACGGAGGAACCACAAUGUAGAACCUGUGCCCCCCUACAGCCGCCCCUACAAACCCCCUCGCAGGUCCCUACGGUGGGAUCAGCAGCUCAUCUGGAACCUGAGAAAAGAUCAAUUGCCCCAAUGUCCGGCUGAGCCAGAGAUUGCCCACCUCAUGGAGUUUGUUUAUGCAUCGACCGGGGAGGACUUUGGGGUGCUAAGAACCCUGGAGCCCUACAAGAACCCGGUUCUAGAGAGACAGAGGAAAGCCUCCAUCAUCUCCCCACGAUGCACCUUCUCCAUGUGGCUCUACCUAAUGUGGCACUGCCCCAUACAGACGUGUGGCCUCUUCUACCACGUUGGGACCGAUGGUGACUAUGCGUCUCCCUCCAUGCUCAUGAACAAACAAGGUUUCUUGCACGUUCAGGUCCAACUGGUCUCGGGGAGAACCUACGCCUUCCAGAGCUACGUGGCGCUGCCCCUGAGGCAAUGGUGCCAGAUCCACCUCACUUUCGACAGCCACUUGGCCAACCUGACAGUGAUGUGCGAGGGCAAACCCAGCCUGAUGUCCUACAGAUUCCCAGACAGCGUCCUACUGGAUGACACUGUGGGAUACUUUAGUCUGACCGGAUCCCAAUUUGUUUCUGGGAUCAAUGGGUUCCUGGGUCCCACCGCGUAUCACAGGAACAAGAUCACUUUCACUGAAAAGGCAAGCCCCCCCAAGCUUAUCCAAAGCCUCCAACUGCCCCACUGGCACAACAUGUGCCGAGAAUUCCAGGACCAUGUAAAAACCCGAUACCAGUCCUUCCUGGCAGCAUCAGAAUGGCAACCGGCACCAGGGACCUGCCGAGAUGUGUUCCAGGAACUCAUCACCCACUACAGCACAAUAUCCUCUGGGCCAAUGUGCACCGAGAUGGAGGCCCCCCCAAUGCCGAAAAGAGCCACCGUCACCAGGCUUCUGAGAAGGAGUGCGGAACUGGAGGGUGGGCGGUACCUGAACAUGAAGCGGAUCGGCAGAGCGCUGUAUUAUAUCUACCUGAGGAACAUCCUCUCGCCCAAUGGCUUGGCUCGUAUCAAGGGCUCCAUCAUCCUGCUGUUACAGGCGGGCUGCUUGGGAUACGACCCGGCCCUGUAUCUCGCCUCGGUUCUGUUCCAGACCGGCUUUGGGAUUAAAAUGGACCCGUCCAAGGCACUAAUGCUCAAGCUCGUUGCUGCCCAAAGGGACGAGCGUCUCUCCGUCAUGUCUCUCGGCCACAAACACCACAUGGGGGGCGACGGUUACCCGGUAGACUAUGACCUCUCCUACGCCUACUACGCCAAUAUCGCCUUCCAGUCUACGGAAGAUCGGCUGCAGCCAAACAGGGACCAGUCCUAUGUAGAGAACAUCCGCCUGAUUGAUGAGGAGGUUCUGAAGCUGCAGACAAAGGAGGAUGAUGAUCUCUUCAUGUGGCUACGGCACCAGGCCAAGCAGGGCGUUGUCUCGGCACAGCAAAGUGUGAGCCGAAUGCUGUACUGGGGGCAGCAGGGAAUCUCUUCCAACCCAGAGGCUGCUGCAAGGUUCUAUGAGAAGGGGGCCGUGCAGCAGAAGGACCCAGUACUGAUGUAUGACUAUGGGGUGGUGCUGCUCAGGGGUCACGGGGUGAAACAGGAUAUUCCGAAGGCCCUCGAGUAUCUGCAGAAAGCGGCCGAUAUGAACUUUGUCCCGGCCAUUAACAGCCUGGGUUGGUAUUACGAGAGGUAUGAGGGGAAUUACCAGAAAGCCAUUGAAUACUGGGAAAAAGCCGAUGAUCUUUGGAAUGCAGAAGCUCCCUUUAACAUUGGCAUCAUGUACUUUAAUGGGUAUUAUCCUGGCCAAGGCAAAAAUUACACUGCAGCGUAUCACUACUACCUGAAGUCCGCCACCCGGGGCCACAUCGAUGCAGCAGUUCAUGUCUCAUUUUUCUGGAUCAAAGGGAUCCCUGGGGUGGUACCACGGAAGCCUCGCGAUGCAGUUGUGUGGACAAAAUGGGCUGCAGAGCAGAACGGGUACCUGGGGAUGGCGUUACGGAAGGGCCUGGAUGGGUAUCUCAAGCAUUCCUGGCUGGAGUCCCUUCUCCAUUACAUCCAGGCAGCGGAGGCCGGCUUUGAGAUUGCCCAGUUCAAUGCUGCGUAUAUCUGUGAGCGAGACCCGGACGGCCUAGUGAGUCGCUAUGUCCAUACAGACUGUAUGUGGAAAUAUUAUAACCUGUCAGUGUCUAGUUCCACCCCAUCAUCCUAUGCCCAGAUCAAGAUGGGGGACCUGCUGUACACGUCUCAUAUCAGGAGGAAGCGCAAUGUUCAGGCUGCCGUGCAGAUGUACAAAGCAGCCGCUCUAAUGAAAGACCCCCAGGGUCUCUAUAACCUGGGUAUCCUGGUAGAAGAUGGAGUCCCAGUGCCGUGGUCCACCCUUCGUGAGUUGGGCUUCAAUAGAUCCAUGUACAGCAAUAACUACACCAUCGCUAUGGAACUGUACAGAAGGUGCCGAGACCACGAGAGUGAUGAAUCCUACAUUCCCUGCAGCCUGGCGCUCAUCAAUGCCCAAAUCCAGUACAUCUGGGCCUUCCAUGGCAUCCUGCUCAAGUGCUCCAGUGCAGCUGCCAUUGCCAUUGUUACGGCCUUCAGCCUGGUGACCAUUUUGGGGCGAUUACGCCAGGGUGCCCUGAUCCAGCUGCAAUCUGUAUAAGGCGCCACCGACUGGGAAGGAUGGGAAGGGGCACCAUGAGAUGCAGUUCCAGAAUGUUCUAUAAUAUAGAAGUGCCUUAUUGCUCUGCUGUUCUUCCAUGUUCCCUAAUGGGGAGGGGCCCUAAUAAAUGGCUGUUCGACGUUA